AUGCAUUCGUACAUCCGUCCAUACCAGCAUGUCGCUUUGCGACUGCCUUCCGAAUUGACGAAGAUUGUCAGAAUUGUGCCGAAUACAGUAGUCUUUCUCGGAAAAUAUGGCAGCUUCCCCUCCAACCAGAUCAUCGGGCGCCCGUUUUAUCUGACUUUCGAGAUUACCGACGCUUCGGGCGAGGACAAUGAUAACUGCCUUCGCAUCGUUCCUCCGGCCGAGUUACAUGCGGAGACGCUCAUCGCCGAUGGCGAGGGCGAUGGCGACGAGGUCGACGUUAACGAGGAUGGCACCCCGAUGCGGACCAAUCGUGAGAUCGUCGACGAUGCAUCAACACAGAAGAUGACGUUGGAGGAGAUUGAGGCGUUGAAAAAGGUUUCCACGGGCGCGGGACGAGAAAUCAUUGCGAAACUCUUGGAGUCGCAUUCCGCGUUGGAUCAGAAGACGGCAUUUUCGCUCGCCAAGUACACAUUGCGGAAACGGAAGAAGUUCCUGAAGCGAUUCACAGUCUUACCCCUGGAUGUCAGCAUGUUGACGAACUACUUUUUGGAAGGAAAAGAGGCGGCGAAAACGAUGGAGCUCCGUGACGAAUCGAUAGGGCUGAUCGGGUGCUGGGGAAAUGUGCACCACGGGGGAAAUACAUCGCUGGAGGGGGCCAUUGGGUCGAAACCGAACGGUCGCUACCUUGUGGUUGACGAAACAGGAGGCUUGGUUGUUGCAGCGAUGGCCGAAAGGAUGGGUAUUCUUUACCCUCAUGACGCGGAGGAUGAGGAGAACGAGGGAUCCAACAACGAGAAUGGCGAGAACGCAGAACAACCAGUCUCGAAUUCUAUGAACCAUGCUCUGGCUCGACGUCGUCACAUGGCCGCUGUAGGGAACACAAUUACUGUUGUCCAUGCAAACAAGCAGCCUAGUCUGGCCUUGCUGAGAUACUUCGGCUAUGACCAAGACAAUCCCGACGAGUCUCAUCCACUGUACAAGCACAUGAAAACAGUAUCGUGGAUGCAACUACUGGAUCCGCAGGCGGAUACUAUCUACGCGAACGAGCCCACACUGAUUCCCGAUGAGACUCUAUCCACAUUUAAGACGAACAAACGCAGCGCAUAUUACAAGAAGCGGAGUCGAUGGGAACGGGUACGGCGGGUUGUCAACGAGACUCGGGCCGGUGACUUUGACGGCCUCAUCGUUGCGACGCUCAUGGAACCAGCCAGUGUGCUGAAGCACACCGUCCCGUUGCUCGCCGGCUCUGCUCCAGUUGUGGUCUAUUCACCCACCAUCGAGCCUCUGACCGAAUUGGCCGAUUUGUACUCCACUCCGAGACGGACAGCAUACAUUACUCGGAAACGAGAAAUCAUCGCCCAGCAUGACCGGCUGCUCCAGGAAUUAGAGGAGCAAAAGACGGAGGACGGGGAAGAGAAGGCAAAACUCCCAGAACCCGACUUCACAGAUCUCGACAAAGAUUUCGCGCUGGAUCCGUCUCUCUUGCUUGCGCCCACCCUCGAGACUUCUCGGGUGCGCACGUGGCAAGUCCUCCCUGGCCGCACGCAUCCACUGAUGUCGGGACGCGGCGGCGCUGAAGGCUACAUCUUCCAUGCCAUUCGUGUAUUACCCUCUCACCAGAUAAUCCAAGCCGCUGGCAACCCAAGCCGGAAGAAGAGGAAACUCGCUGUCACGCAGGAAUCUGCGACUCCGGCGGAGAGUGGCAGCGGCAUGGAUGUUGAGAUGCAGUCAUGA